AUGGGAAAUGAGUUUCUUGAUAGAGUGGAAGACAAUGCGGCUGUCCGGACUUGGUCUGAGAUGAUACAGCGUGAAAAAGGUGAUAGUUUGGCCGUGGGAUACAUAUCAGAGUUAUGGGACUUCACUCGUGUUAGCGUAGCUCAGAACAACUUGCAGGAGUUGAAGGAGAUUUGGGAUCAGUGGGAUAAUGAGGUAGACAAGCGUCUGUUUCGAGCUCUUGCCCAGUUUUGGAAUUCGGCCUACAGUUACUUUACAUUCGGGAAGGUUGAUUUAGUGCCUACAAUAGAGGAGUACACAGCUUUACUUCGGUGUUCGAAGGUUCAGGUAGAUAGAAUUUAUUCGAAGGCGGUAAAUGUACCAACAUUCUUGAAGAAGCUGAUAAAUAUAACAGGGAUGAGUGAGCAGUGGGUUACGGCUCGGAUUAAGCAAAAAGGGGAAAGCAUGUGUAUUCCCUGGAAAAGUUUAAGGGACCUCAUUUUAGCACACCCAAAUGUGAGGAAGAAAGUAGACGUCUUUGCUUUGAGUAUAUAUGGCUUAAUUGUGUUUCCUAAGAUUUUGGGACAUAUUGACGAGGCGAUCACUGAUUUAUUUGAUCGACUUGAUAAGGGAGUUACACUAGUUCUGGUGAUUUUGGCAGAAACCUUUAGGUCAUUAAAUACAUGUCGAAGAACGGGAGAGGGCAGAUUUAUUGGAUGUGCGCAGCUACUACUUGGGUGGUUCCAUAGCCACUUUUGGAAGGUUGAUAAGGUUUCAUAUCAUGUCUUCUCUGAAAGUUAUUCACCGUUGAAAGAGAUAGUGGCUACGUCAAAGAGAGAUGAUAUUACAGAGGAGAAAUGGAUGGAAAUCUUUCAGAAUCUGCAAGAGGAGAACGUCGAGUGGAGAGCUCCGUGGUUGCUUCCAAAUGAGAUCCUAUAUCGGUGUGGGGAUUUUAACUGGGUUCCGUUGCUUGGGAUUUGGGGAGCUGUUGGUUAUGCUCCAUUGCUAGAUGAUGGCUACAAGAGGAAGGCUCGUGAGAUGGCCAAUGCAUGGAAUCAGACUCGCCGAAUGAAGAGAUUAGCCGUGGGUCCAAUGACAACUUCUGAGUACAACGAAUGGUGUGUUAGGAGGAUUAAUGACAACAUUCCUGGGCCAAGUCCAGAAAAUAGUUAG